AUGAUUAGUAAUAUUAUUGAUGCAGAAAAAUUAAAUGAUGAUGUUGAUGAAAAAACGGCUGAUGAUGAAGAUAAAACUGAAGUUCUGGUUACUGUCGAAAAUUUACCAUCGAAAUCAAUGGUACAACAAAAUAAAAAGAAACGGAAUAAAGGCGUUUUCAAUAAAGAAUGGUUAAAAAUUGCCAAAUAUCAACGAUAUUUAAAAGAUUCAUGGACAUCCUUUUUUACUGUUUUAGGAAUAAUUGAUUUAAUUGAUGAUGCUGAUGAAUCAGCAAUUAAAAUUUUUGCGAAUGCACGUCAAUUCCUUUUGGAUAAGGGUUUAGAUAUGCAUGGAUUAACAGUAUUAGGAGCUGAUAACACGAACGUCAAUGUGGGUCAUAAUCAUUCAGUUUAUUCAUUAUUUAAAGAUGAAGUACCUGAUAUUCUGAAAGGUACGGGUGAUGAAGUUCCGUGCAUUUUAAGUUUUUUGCAACAUGUAUUAUUUGAAAUUCAUCAGAAGAACCUCGAAUUACAACGCUAUUAUACAACAGCUGUCGAUUUAUUUCGAGUAAUCACAGCCAUAAAAAAUAAACUACAAGAACGUAUUGAUUCACAAUUUUUUGGUGCGGCUUGUCGAUAUCGAUUAGCACGUUUACCAAUUGACACACAAAAUAUGUUAAAGACAUCAUUUAUUGAAUUUUUAAGUGAAAUUAUUUCCAAUGCUUACGUUGAAUCAGCAUUCUCACAAAUGAAACAUUUAUUAAAUGAUAAGAGAAGUCGUAUGACAACAGAACUUAUAUCAGCUGAAUUAAAAAUACGUUUAAAUUCAACUUUAUCAUGUACUGAAUUAUAUAAAUAUAUAUUAAGUAGUGAAUAUUUGUUACGAGCUAUUAAAUCAAAUGAAAAGUAUACAUUCAAAAGAAAAUGUGUUCAAUAA